UGCGCUGCUACCUCCCCAAAAUAAAUAAGUAUACAGGUAACGAGCCAUUGCUUUUGACACGUCAUGUGCGCCUUGCCGUGUCCCUGCCGAGGGGCGAAUUAAUUGCAUUUUACUCGUGUACUUAUAUAAGUAAACGUCAGGCAUGCCCACGAAGUGCAAACAAGUUAGCUGCUGGCGAUGAGAGCACGAGCGAUACAACAGCAAUAAUAACAAAAAAAAGGCGCUUAUCGGUGGGGGGGGGAUGGUAUAAUAAUUAAGGGGCAAACUAGGACUGAACUGGAAAGAUGGACGAGAACCUGAGCCGUGGUUACGUGCAAUUGGGCAAGGCUAGGAGGAUGAACGAGUUCAAAUUCAACGAGAACGGGAUCGCCAGGAUCUCGCCACCGGUUGACAGGUGGAACCUUAUUUACUUGUCGCUGGUGCUCGCUGGAAUUGGUUUUCUCCUGCCGUACAACAGCUUUGUCAUUGCCGUUGACUACUUUCAAGCGAGGUAUCCCGGUACUACUGUCAUUUUCGACAUAUCAGUUGUUUACAUUACGGUGGCAUUUUUCGCCGUCUUGGUCAAUAACGUACUCGUCGAGACGCUUUCCCUCGGCACCAGAAUAACAUUCGGCUAUUUGGUAUCAUUCCUGACCCUCAAUUUCAUAGUCGUAUGCGAAAUACUGUGGGAAGUUUUCGGCAAGGCAACAACGUACACCAUCAAUCUGGUGGCUGUGGCCGUAGUCUCGUUAGGCUGUACGGUCCAACAGUCCAGUUUUUACGGAUACACGUCGAUGCUCCCUACUCGCUACACACAGGCUGUUAUGGCUGGCGAAAGUGCCGCCGGAUUUUGGGUUUCGAUAAAUCGCAUAAUCACAAAGUCACUGGUCGAAGACGAACGCGGCAACACGUCCAUGUUCUUCUUUUUCUCCAUCAUCACGAUCAUUAUAUGCUUUGUCAUGCAACAAAUCAUUUACAAGAGCGAGUUUGUCCAGUACUACAUAAACAUGUGCCAAGAGAGAAACAAAAUCAUACUGGAGCCCCACGAGGACACCGGACUGACGGAUCCCUUGGAUCAGGGUAGCGAUCCGUCCAGGGGACAGUAUGGGGUGCUCAAGUUACAAACCAGUCCCUUAGGACCCGACUCGACUAGUGGGGCCACCGACACGACCAAUACUACAGGUCAGUUUUUCGAGUUCUCCUUCAGUAAUCCAGUUUACGACCCAAGUGCGCCCUCGACCAAUAUAAGCGCGUCAGGCAACGCCGGACCAACUUACAAGGUCGAGGACAUUGUGUUUAUGAGAGGGAGUUACGGCGGCAACGCACCCCCUGGCACGAACAAAAGGUGGUCCGGAAUCAAACGUGGUCUCAUCGCCAGAUUAGAAGUCGCAAAGUUAAUAUACCCUUACAUGGCGAGUAUCGGGAUAGCUUACUUUGUGACGCUUUGCCUCUAUCCGGGUAUCAUAUCGGAAAUAAUCUCUUGUAAAUUUGGAUCUUGGAUGCCCGUUAUUUUGAUGACUGCCUUUAACGGUGCCGAUUUGCUUGGAAAGAUGUUGGCGACGCUACCGUUUCAAUGGUCGCGCUCGCAACUGCUGAAUUUUUCGUGCGCCCGAGCUUUGCUCGUACCAUUGUUCCUCAUGUGCGCCAUCCCAAGACGCAUGCCGGUACUCUCGAACGAGUUGUGCCCCAUUGUACUGUCGGUCUUGCUCGGGAUCACGAACGGCAUCGUUGGCAGCAUCCCCAUGGUCCAAGCGCCCACCAAGGUGUCCGAGGAGUAUCGAGAACUAGCCGGUAACAUAAUGACAUUGUCGUACACGACCGGAUUGACGUUCGGCUCGAUCCUCGCUUACAUGCUGGACGCGUGCCUCGGGCCACCCCUGACGUACAAGCAGAUCUGCAUCGACGAUGCUACACCGCUUCUACUGGCAGCCACAACGCCGGCGGGCAUCAGCAACGUCACGAUGAACUUACUGACCAGCUGGUCGAGCCCAACUACCUCAAGCUCGUCGACAAUGGCCACGAUUGCCAGUACUUUGUCGACCAUCGAGAAGGCGACCAAAAAGGCCAGUGGCGUCAUCAAGCGCAUCACCAAGGCUCCGAGGGUCAAAACCACAGCUUCCACUCUGGCUGGAGUACUCACCACGGCCCUGAUAAACGGUGACAGCACCACUCACGACGCGAUUUUCAAGGUUGCGGACCAUUUUUCCUCGAACCUCACCAGCACAGCCAUACCGCGGAUCUUCGCCAACGUGACGACAGUGUUUGGCAACAGUGCCCUUCACGGUACUUGAAGCGUUUUCGCCCAUCUGUAUACUUGUAUGUACUUAAUCUACAUCAUAAGGUACUAAUUCAAUACCCGUACUUUAUUUUUUUUUUUUUUUUUUUUUUUAAUUUGAGUUUCAACAUCGUCCAAUGAGAUAUGAAUUUAUCAAUAAAUUAACAACUCGAUUCUGAUAAUUCCUUUAUCAAUUUUUAUUUGUCAAGUACACUAGACAUGUAUUCGCGAUCCCUACAACCCUAUGCUGCGAGGGUCGUGAAAUUUGGCCAUUGAUUGUAUACGUAAACGUUUCGGCCACUUUGGUGGAAUAAGCUUUGUCCCUUUCAAAAGUUUCCGUUAUGCUAUGAGUUGGAGUAAAAAGGAUUGCCAACGUGUCGAAAACGUUAUGCGUUUUCGGAAUAAAAAUUGAUAGAUGGGAUAUCAGAAUCAAGUUUUUUUUCGAAAACUAAAUUUUAUUUAGUUUUGAUGAGUGAAUUUUCAGUUAUAAGCUCUAUAGUGUAUAACUUGUCUAACUUUUAUCACGGCACUGUACCCGUAAACAUACAUUGUAAUCUUUAUUUUUUAGAUAACACGAACUUUCCAAUACUUACUAUCAACUGAUAUACAUAUAACAAUAUUAUUAUAUAACAAUUGGUGUAGCUGUCACCAAUCCAGUUUACAGUUUAUACUAUGAGCGGAAUAUAUUUUUUUAUUUGUUGCAUUCAAUGUAGAUUUUAAAUAAUUUAUAACGAAUAUAUGACUUGUUGAAUGCUACAUAUUGAGUGUAAUGAAUGUCUUAAAUACUAAAAGGGAUCAAGCAAAACCCUUUUGGGAUGUGGUUGGUAAAAAAAUAAUUCACCAUAAGUUUUUCUCGUUAGAUCUGGUGAGUUUGGAAAUACAUUAUAUACCCAAUUUUUUUAGACGCAUCUUACACAUUUUUUUUUCUUUGCUCCACCGCAACACGAAGAGCAGUACCUACAUAUCGCGUUAUUCAUGAUAUUUCAUUCACAAUGAUAUUUAGUCUAAAAUCGACGGAUUUUAUCUUCAAUCAAUUUCGAAAAUGUUAAACAAGAGACUGCGUCUUUUACCCUUUUAUGAUAUGAUGAUAUACACCCGUGAUGAUGAUACUAAUAAUAAUGCAAAAAAAGCAAACUUUUUAACUUAUGUGUAUUGUGAAUUAAAUAAAAUAUUGUGACUGAUGAGAUUGUGAAUACUAUGGCGAUAAUAAUAAUAAUAAUAUCGUGGUUGAAAUAGUGAUUCUUUUCUAAAAAUUGAAAGGUUGUAUGAACGUAUAUUCUACUUACGAAUGAUAAUAAGUGUGUACACAUUAAUGUCUAGAUAUAUUAAGUAGCCGUAUACCUCCUGACAUGAUGUCAUAUGUAUAUGUACAAUGAUUUGCAAAAUAAUGCAGCAAAACAAAAAUUAUUAUUAAGAGCAGCGUCUUUGUUAUACAUCAAAAAAAUCUCAUUUUAGUCCUGUAUUUAUAUUACGUUAUCGUCAAAAAACCAAUGUAUAUAAAAAUACGAGGACGCACGUGUGUAGACACACUCUCAGUUAUUUUACUUUUCAUGUGAUUAAACUAAUUCAAAGAAAUAUGACCAAAUGUAUAAAUAAUAUUUUGUUGAAAUAUACUGUUAGUAGUGUGUUUAAUUAUACAUUCUCGCAUGUUUAUGCAUAGGAGUACUGAUGAUGACUAUGAAUAUUUAACAUAAUUUAUACUAUACGAUAAAGACGCUGAACCUUAUAACAAGUUUGGGUUUUAUUCAAUAGGAUGUAUAACUUGUUGCAGCAAUAUAUAUUGAUUAUUUUUAUUUCCAUUAAAAGGCUUGUGAAAGUGAGUUCCUUAUUAUUAUUUAUUAUUUUAAAACAAUUUAGAUUUCACUGCUAAGGAUUAUUUUUAACAAUGUGAUAACAGUAUAUUUUACGAUCAGUUCUUCCAGAAAACACAUUUAGUCAUUUAGCUUGUGUUUUAAUUAAGUUGAAAUACUAAAGAAUAUAGUAAAAUACAACGACUUCUGAUGCAUAUUUAUAUCAGAUUAUUAUGUGCUUUUCGUAAAAUCAUAAUUAAUUUAUCUGCAAAUAAUAGAGAUAGUAUAAAAAAAACAAAAAAAAAAAAAAACGUCGUUGUUCUCCAAAGGUGCGAUGAAAAUGCACAAGUUGUAUGAAACAUCAUAAAUAUUAUGAACAAGAUGAUUACAACGGGCUAUUGUUCUCAAUAGAAUAAAAGUUGUUUUUGUGUGCAUUGAUUAUUUUAACUUAUCCUAUGAGAUUAUGAAAAGAUUUACUUAUGUUUAAUUUUCCGAAUCGACAGAGAAUAUUGAAGUUUUUGCUUGAAAAGAAUACGUAUAUGUAAAAUGUAAUCACGUUGAGCUGUUGAUUUGUUGAAUUGCAAAUAUAGUAUAUAUAUGUAUUUUUUUGAGCUCUAUUUAAAGGUUAAGUACACUAUUUGAGUAUCGUUGUAAAGUUUUGCGUGACAUUGGCAUCACUAAACGAUUGCCAAAAAAUAUUAAAAACAGUUUUACUGAAUAUUUUAUGUGAAAAAAUUAGCGCUUGCAUUUUGAAUAUGUACAAAUAAUAGUUUCACUCAAAAUUUGUACAUAGGUAUUUCUAGCAAACUUGAUAAAAUGAAUGAAUUGCAAGUACUGUUUUUCAUGUGUGACAUUUUAGAAAAGGGCGAGCGUGUGUGUUGUGAUGGAAGUACAUUGUUGACAGCUUGACUAUUGUAUUUGAGUGUAUGAGACUUGUUAAAAUUUAAAGUAUCUAAUAAUAAAUUUACAAUACGUAAACUAA